AUGAAUGGAAAAAGGAUGGCUCAUGAUGGCGGUGGCGACAAACCAAAGAAGUUCAAGAAACGGAAGCAAAAACCUGUCCAAGAGGGAUCAGCAGAGGAAGUUCUUCUCACUGACAUCCAAUCAUUAUUGGCCUCUCAAAAGAUUUCAGACGGCGAGCAGGAGGAAUCUACUGAGCAGAAUGAGGCACAGCCGCUCCCUGAACCGGGUUCUGAGAUCGAUGUUGAAGUUAUCGAGCUCUCCUCGACGGGGGACGGCCUCGCGAAACAAAAAGGUUCCGACCGGAUCUACGCAGUUCCCUUCUCGGUGCCUGGCGAUACCGUCCGAGUCAAGGUGUAUCGCCACUUGGACGAACAGGGUUACACCGUCGCAGACUUCAUUUCGGUCACCAAGGCUUCUCCGCUCCGGGAUAAUAGCCGGAUUCAAUGCCAGUAUUUUGGGCGAUGUUCGGGAUGCCAGUUCCAGAUGCUGGAGUAUCCCGAGCAACUGAAACUCAAGAAGAGGAUCGUAGAGAAGGCUUUUAAGAACUUCUCACAGUUACCACCCGAGCUAGUACCGGCAAUUCAGGAGACCAUUGGGAGCCCCCUGCAGUAUGGCUACCGCACAAAGCUUACGCCGCAUUUCGACGGUCCCCCAGGCAUGCGUCGUCGGGGGCCCAGAAAGGCACUGGACCACAUGCCUCCCAUAGGAUUUACUCCCAAGGGGUCGACGAAGGUUCUGGACAUCGAGGAUUGCCCCAUCGGGACCGAUGCGGUCAGGAAGGGGAUGAAGAUGGAACGGGAACGCAUGGCUGUUGAGUAUGGCAAAUACGAGCGCGGAGCAACGCUGUUGUUGAGGGAGAAUACCCAGCGCGUACCCAAAUCCUCGUCCCAGGGUAACAGCACAACAACAUCAACAGCACCAGAUGAUAUCCCCUCCGACUCUGUCAAAGUUGAAACCGACAGCUACACGGACUAUAAGACCUGCAUAACAGACAACAACGCGACGACAACAGAAUACAUCGAUGACUUCGUCUUCACCAACCCCGCCGGUGCCUUUUUCCAGAAUAACAGCUCGAUUCUCCCGCCUUUCACUGACUAUAUCCGGCAACACAUCCUUCCUCCGCCUCCCUCCACCACCGCGACGCCGCCCAAGCCCAUCAAGUACCUCAUCGACGCCUACUCGGGCUCGGGCCUCUUCACCAUCACCCUCUCGUCUCUCUUCACCGGCGGCAGCACGGGGAUCGAUAUCGCGGACAAGUCGAUCGCGUUCGCGCGGCGCAACGCGACACUCAACGGGCUCGACGAGGCGCAGUGCCGGUUCAUCGCGGCGGACGCGCCCGAGCUCUUCCGCAGCGUCAGCGCCUACGACCCGGACGAGACGGUCGUCGUGCUCGACCCCCCGCGCAAGGGCUGCGACGCCGGCUUUCUGCGCCAGCUGCUCAGCUUCGCGCCCAGGAGGGUCGUCUACGUCAGCUGCAACGUGCACACCCAGGCGAGGGACGUCGGGGUCCUGGUCCGGGGGGAGGUCGGCGGCGCGGAGGAGGGGAAGAACGGCAGUGGGCUUGGGGAGGAGGGGGAGGGUGAGGGCGAGGGGAAGAAGCAGAAGGGGGCGAGGUACGAGAUUGAGAGUCUCAGGGGUUUCGACUUCUUCCCUCAGACAGGACAUGUCGAGGGUGUUGCCAUAUUGAACAGGGUAGAUGGAUAG